AUGCGGUCGUUUAAUCAAUAUUUAUACUUUUUUAUAGCUUCAACAUUGUUGAACCUCUUCAUCAUACCCUAUACAUCUGCUACCUCAAAUGCUAUUAGCACCGCACCAUUCGACGUCCCGCAAUAUUGGACGAACACAAACUUCCUCCGUGUGAUAGACUUGACGACGCAUGUCUCGAGGGAAACGACGACGAUCGCUGCGAAAAAUGUUCAUAGCGAACCACUAGGUGAGUACUAUUUUCCGAUAAAGGAAAGUCUUGACGAACACUUAUCCUAUAUCGAGGCCAGUGAGAAAAGAGCCAAUAAAGUCUUUGAGGUUACGAAGGCUGAGUUUGACUCGUUAAAGAUCCAAUUCUAUAAAAUUACCUUCGAUCGUCUCAUCAAUCCAAAUGAGAAGAUUGUGUUGGUUGUGAAAACGGCUUUCACUCACAUAUUGACUCCGUAUCCGCUCGAAAUCGCCCAGACCGGGAGACAAAAUUUGUUGUAUCGCGGAAGCAUUUAUGGAAAUAGUGCGUAUUUCACUGAACAACAGAAAACCAAUAUAAAACUCCCUACCGCCAACGUAAUUAGUUACACCGAAAAACCUGGACCCGUGAGUCUUAACGGAAACACGAUAACAUAUGGACCCUUUUUGGAUGUAAAGCCCAGUGCUUCGGGCGAACUAUCAGUACACUACGAAUUUCAACAGGCUUUAUUAACGGUCAAGGGUUUAAGGCGCGAUUUGGAAAUUAGCCACUGGGGUGGUAAUCUGGCAGUUGAGGAACACUAUAAUUUAACCCAUGAUGGUGCAAGAGAUGAAAUUGGUAAUGUAUCGACCUCCCGUUUACGAAGCGAGUGGGAUAAGACUGUCAUGGAGUUCAGGCCGCGUUAUCCACUUUUUGGUGGAUGGAACUAUACAUGGAAUUAUGGGUAUAACGUACUUCUGGGUGACUUUUUGGGUUACAACCGGCAGAACGGAAGAUACAUUCUUAAUAUACCUUUCAUUAAUCCGCUUCAUAACGCGGUCUAUGAUAAAGUGCAAAUUAGAAUUAUUUUACCGGAGGGUGCAAGUAACGUCAAGGUCGAAACGCCGUUUCCUGUUAAUAAAGAAACCCACACUGUCUUCAAAACGUAUUUUGACAGCAAGGGGAGAUACCUCGUUGUUCUUGACAAGUACAAUGUGGUUGCUGAACAUGCGGUGCCUUUACAGGUCUCAUAUGAAUAUGGUUCCCUAGAAUUGUUGAGAAAGCCAUUGGUUGCCUCAACAUUCUUUUUCUGUGGUUUCUUGCUGAGUAUUAUAUAUUCUAGGAUGGAAUUUAGCAUAAAAAAGAAAUCGGUAUAA